GAUUAGCUUUCUUCCUCCUUCUAGCUCAGUCCUUUGGCUAAUAUGAAAGACCACGCAGAAGCUCUGGACUUGCUGCUUGUGCUUGUCAAAAGUGCAUAGAUAGAAGACAGGGCUUCCCAGCUGGGAGGAGGGAGGAGAGCUGAAGAUCCCUGCCUGGGCUGGCUGAUCUAAACAGUCAAAGUGGGCAGCUGAGUGCUUGAAAGAGGAUUAUGCUCGCACUAGAAAUAAGCAGUAAAUCUGUGGUUCUCUGGUCAGCAAGUUCUGGCAAUGAAGCCACUGCCGCUGUUGCAAAGAAUUCUGGGAUGUCUCACACUGAAAUGGAUGGAAGGACUCACAUUCCAUCUCUACUUAAUGUCCUUUUGUCCAGAAAUCGGGUCAUGCAAAUGAGCUACUUGAAAAGUAAAGAACAAGGAUAUGGAAAACUAAGCUGUGAUGAAGACCUCGAAAUAAUUGUUGAUCAAAAGCAGGUAGUAGGUGUUACCUUGAAGAAAAAGUGGCACUGUCUUCAAAAAAGUGACCUGACCCUGGCUUUGGGUAAAGGCUCUAGGGCGGCAGAUAAGGCUGUUGCCAUGGUGAUGAAGGAGAUACCGAGGGAGGAGUCUGCUGAAGAAAAGCCCCUCCUUACUAUGACAUCACAGCUGGUGAAUGAGCAGCAAGAGAGCAGGCCCCUCCUGAGUCCUUCCAUCGACGACUUUCUCUGUGAAACCAAAUCGGAGGCAAUUGCAAGGCCAGUAACGUCCAAUACAGCUGUGUUGACCACUGGCUUAGAUCUCCUCGACCUGAGUGAACCAGUGUCUCAAACCCAAACCAAAGCUAAGAAGUUGGAGGCCUCAUCAAAAACCUCAUCCCUCAAGAAAAAGGCAGAUGGAUCUGACCUCAUCAGCACAGAUGCUGAGCAGAGAGGUCAGCCUCUGAGAGUCCAGGAGACUUCAUCCUUAGACCUAGCAGACAUUCAAACACAACUGGAAAAAUGGGAUGAUGUUAAGUUUCACGGAGAUCGAAACAGCAAAGGACAUCCAAUGGCAGAGGGAAAAUCCUGCUCAUCCAGAAGUGGAUCAAAGGAGCUCUUAUGGUCCUCAGAGCACAGAUCUCAACCAGAGCUGAGUGGUGGGAAAAGUGCCCUCAACUCCGAGUCUACUUCAGAACUAGAAUUAAUGGCUCCAGCACAGGCUCGGCUGACCAAAGAACACCGCUGGGGAAGCGCAUUACUUUCCAGAAACCACUCCUUGGAAGAGGAAUUUGAAAGGGCAAAGGCAGCAGUAGAGUCAGACACAGAGUUUUGGGAUAAGAUGCAAGCAGAAUGGGAAGAAAUGGCUCGGAGAAACUGGAUUUCUGAGAACCAAGAAGCCCAGAACCAAGUUACAAUCUCAGCUAGCGAGAAGGGAUAUUACUUUCACACUGAAAACCCCUUCAAGGACUGGCCUGGAGCGUUUGAAGAAGGCUUAAAAAGGCUGAAGGAAGGGGACCUGCCAGUCACCAUCCUGUUCAUGGAGGCAGCGAUCCUUCAGGACCCUGGAGAUGCAGAGGCCUGGCAGUUUCUUGGGAUAACCCAGGCAGAGAAUGAAAAUGAACAAGCAGCCAUUGUCGCCCUCCAGAGAUGCUUAGAAUUGCAGCCCAACAACUUGAAAGCUUUGAUGGCUUUGGCUGUGAGUUAUACAAACACUGGCCAUCAGCAAGAUGCCUGUGAAGCCCUGAAGAACUGGAUUAGGCAAAACCCAAAAUACAAAUACCUUGUGAAGAGCAAGAAGAGCUCUCCAGGCCUCACUCGACGGAUGUCAAAGACCCCAGUUGACAGCUCUGUCCUGGAAGGAGUGAAAGAAUUAUAUCUGGAAGCUGCUCACCAAAACGGAGAUAUGAUUGACCCAGACCUGCAGACAGGUCUGGGGGUACUGUUCCACCUGAGUGGAGAAUUUAACAGAGCAAUAGAUGCUUUUAACGCUGCCUUAACUGUUCGGCCAGAGGACUAUUCAUUAUGGAACCGUCUCGGGGCGACCUUGGCAAAUGGCGACCGCAGUGAGGAAGCCGUGGAGGCCUACACACGAGCACUGGAGAUCCAGCCAGGCUUCAUCCGGUCCCGAUACAACCUGGGGAUCAGCUGUAUCAACCUGGGCGCCUACAGAGAAGCGGUCAGCAAUUUUCUCACUGCCCUCAGUCUGCAGAGAAAGAGCAGGAAUCAACAGCAAGUUCCUCAUCCUGCAAUCUCGGGGAACAUCUGGGCUGCCCUCAGAAUCGCACUGUCACUGAUGGACCAGCCGGAACUCUUCCAGGCAGCCAAUCUUGGUGACCUGGAUGUCCUCCUAAGAGCUUUCAACUUGGAUCCUUGAAGGAAAAGAAAACAAUAAAGAAUAAUAACCCCCCUUCUGUGUUAUUGUACUGAGAAGCGAAAAACUGUUUUAUUAUGAAUUUCCAAAAGGAUAAACAAAUAUUGAAAAGGCCAUGGUCACAUAACCCAAGGGAAUUAAUUUCUACAAACAAUGCCCAGUCUCUGUUCAGAUCCAAAAGCACAAAUAGAGUCAAGGUGAGGUUCAAAGGAAGAAUUGAGAGAUGCAAGACAAACCGAGAUAAAGUAACUGCGUGUAUUCCUCCUAAGUUGCCAGUGUAUUGCAAAACAUAGUCUUUGGGUUUUUUGUCCCCAGUUGCAGUUAGUGGCACCUCUGAUGAAUUUGUUUUUAGGACACAUGAAGAAAGCACUGCUUCUGAUCAGGGAAUCCUGACCGCAUCUCUUCUGUCCCCCGAAGUCCUCCCUUUUGCAAGACUGAACAUAGUUUGGGCCGUCGGUGCAUGCACAUGUAUUAACGCAACUAAAGACAGGCAUUGCUUAACCUGUUCCUGUUUUAACUUUCUCUGUAGCCCUUGUUUCCAGAGAGGAAGCUUUGCUGGCAAAAGCAGUUUUUGCACUAGAAAUUUUUGCUGUUCCCAAACAAAACUUUUCUGGGAUUGUAUAUAUGCACUUUAAUAUUUAUGCCUUGCAGUUUUGUUGCUCCAAUUUUUAACUUGGGGUAAAAGAUUUGAGAACUCAGACUUGUUAGAUUAAUGGACCAAAUAAAGAAAUUCUUGACAAUAGUUUUUCAUAGUGUAGGGUUUUGAAUGAGUGUUUUUCUUAAAGCAGACAUGAUGCAGGGCGUAAAUAUGUCAAUCACAGAUCUUAUUCCCAUGCUUUCUGGGACUGCAUGAACAUAGGAGGCAAAAUUCCUUCUAUUCAUGCAUUCUCUGCAGGGAGAAAGCCUGAUGAUACUGUGCUUUCUCUUGAGUUUGCUUACUUGUCAUAUUUCACUGGCUUUCUAACUGCCCUGCACAAUAAUGUUCCUUUUAAAUUGUUACUAUUUCAAUGUGAUUUCUUAAGAGUGAUAGUUUUUCCUAAAAAUGAUGUGUUUCCUUAGUUCCAUAAUAAUCUGCAGAGUUAACCUUCUUGUGGAUAAUAGAAGAUCAACAUUUUUUAACUGGAACUCACUAAGUGUCAGUGGAUUCAAAAAUGCAUGCCCCUUUGGCUCUUAUUUUAAACAUUUAGCAGUAACAGGAAUUUUCUAUUGGCAUUAGUGUUCUAUUUAGCUUUCCACUUAGUUCUUCAGUAUUUUGUGCAUAUUUGGGGCUUGGUGAGUAUUUUGAAAGUACAUUUUUCAAAGAAUUAGAAAAAAAUGUUUUCCAAAGUCUAACCAAAAUAUCAUUUUACCCGGGUCUGUUUCUAGUACGUUGUCCUAGUCUUCACCUCAUCCCUUUCCUUGCUGUAAUACCUUCCCCUAAGGUAGUCUGGUCCCAAUUUUUUGUUCAUGCUCUUUGGUUAGUGAUAAUAGCUCAUUCUACUCAUGAUUAUAGUUACCAAAAGAGACAGAAUUCGGAUCCAAACAGUUUAAUUGACUGGGGAAUGCACUUCCACUGAGGGAGAAAUGUGCACACAGCUGAGAGACAAGACUCCAGGUGCAGGUAUGAACCCUCUCCUGUGUGACCUUGCAGUUCCUGAGCUGUGAGGAGUCCUCAAGCUAAUUCGGAAUCACAGAUCUGAACCUUAGGUACAUGACACCCUAUUCCCGUUUGUAAAGAUGAAGAGGUGCGGACACUGUGGUGAGCAAUCAGGUUUUAGUAUUCACUGUCAAAGCUCUUGCUGACAGGAUGACAGCCCCAGCAGCAAGAGGCAGAGGCUUUAAGGCAUUCAUUUUUGUCAGGAGUAACAAUCCAGUCCUGGCCUUCUUUUAGCCUGAGCUGCAAUGUGAAGAUCAGCAAUAUUUUCAAGAAUGACAUUGGUUAAAAUUUUAGAAAUCAGAAACAGCCUGGCAAGGAGUCUUGGGGCUAGCCUCCAGCCAGUGACCCCUGCUUUCUGGAAUAUUCCCAGUAGGCCAGCAUCUAUUCUGUGCCAGCUCAUGAUCUCUACAUGCUCAAUGACUGGCUAGUCGACUUGGGUCCAUCAAAGUCCAUUAAGAUCCUCUGAACAAAGGACUGAAAGCAACUUUGCAGGUGUUUCGGUCAUAAUGGCCUUCUAUACUCAGGUCCAGCUGAAUUUGCAAUGAUAGUGAGAUGCUGUGUUCUCACCUUGCGAGUGAUGUUUGCAAGAGAUCAGCAACAAUUGAAAGUCUGAAACUAGUGGGGUAGUUUCAGAAAAUGUGGGGUAGUUUGGUUUAAUUUGAUUGUUGCUCAAGAGUAGCAAUUUUUGUGGCCCAAGUUUUAUUUUGAUAUUGGAAUUCAAAAUAACCUCAAAGUCCACAGAGUUUGUUCUAGAGGAGAGCUGACAAUUUUCCACUCCCACCACUAUUCAGCAAUUUAUAGUGUUUCAUGGGACUUUCUUCAAAAUAUCUACUACUGUCCAUUGGAACUAGGAUUUUAAGCCGGGUGUGGUGGCACACGCCUGUAAUUUGAGCUACUCAGGAUUCUGAGGCAGAGGGCUCAGAUGUUUGAGGUAAACCUUAGUAACUUAGUGAGACUGUCUCAAAGUAAAAUUUUUUAACGAGCUGAGAAGUAACUCAGUGGUAGGAUGCCUGUUAGCAAUUCUAAGCCCUAGGUUCAAACUCCAGUACCAAACAAAAUUCUAGUAAUAACUAAGAUUUUUGUAGGCUAUCAUCUACCAAGAAGUCCCAAAUUACUGCCCAAGAAGAGCUGCAAUUUUCUAAGUGAAAAUCAUUAGUAAAAAUUGAGCAAAAGUUUAUAAAUAUAGAGCAGCACCAAAAAUUAAUAGCAAAAUUUUAGAACAUUCUUUACUGUACAUACUUUUCUUAGUGUAUUCACUUUUGUUUGAAAUACAUUUGAAACCUUCAUGGCAGGAAAUUGUCAUUUAAAUUACUCUUUCCACUUAAUGGAACAGUGUCCUUGGUUCUCUUCUGAGACUAUCCAGGAAGACUUUGAGUCUAUCCCUUUUUUUUUUCUUGUCUCAAUGAGUAACAGCCUACCAGUUCUCAUAGGAUGCUACUCAUUUACUAGAAUGGCUGGUCAAGUACACACAGGUGAUCUUUAGGAACUGACAUUGCCAGCAAAUGUAAUGAAAAUGCACACAAAGCCACUGCUGAGUUUCAAAAUAUAUUUGUAGUCAGUAUCCUUAUGCACUCCUGUACGUCAACAAUGAGAGGAGACAGAGAUGGCGAAGAGGGGUAGGAAGAGCAAAGGGUCUCUUGCUGGGCCAGGCUUAGUGAUUCUUCAUUCUCCUCACCUUCUCCCAAGAUCACUACCCAUGACUCCUAAAAGAAAGGCAGACCUUGUCUACCAGGAAACUUUAAUAAGAGAACUAUGAGGUGCAAUUUCUUAGCUAAUCUGGAUUUCUACCAAAGUGGCAAAUAAAUGAUACAGAAUGGCAUGUGAGUGAUGGCUAAGGAUGUCCAGGACAGGCACACUUUUAGUUAAUGACACUUUCUUUUAUAUUAAGACACUUUUGAUGUUGAAUCUUGGGCCCAGGUCUAAAUUCUCACAGAGAUUAAACCUUGCUGGUAUAUUCUUGCCAUACAAGCAAGAUUUGAACACAGGCAUACGUAGUCCCACUCAGGCAUCCCAAGCUGCUUACCAUGAACAUUAUCUGUGAGCUCCUCAGGAAUACAGAGAAAGCAAGAUGGUCGUUUUAUAUCUCUUCCUCAUUUAUCCUUGAAUCGGUUCCACAAGGCUAAAUUGUACUUUCAGUCCUUAGAGUAACAGUAUUUUUAUACUUUGAAAACUCCCAGAAGCAUUCUAGAAACAGGGUGUUCUAAAGGCUUAAUUCAUGUCCUAUUUUUUUGAACCCUCUUCUUUUAGAAAUUAUUACAUAGCUACAACACAUAUUAGUUCAACUUUGUAGAACAAUUUCAAAUUCAUUCCCUGUCUACAUUUUACCACACUAUUUCCCUCUCAUCUCAGUAUUUAUAGAACUGGUUAAAAUUAAACUGUUUUGAAAUAAGAAGUAGAUACAAAUAUAUUUUUAAAGAGUGUUCAUAGAUGAACUCUGGAAUAAAGUUUGUAAGCAGGUAAUUUUUUAAAAGGAAAACAUAUAACCUCAGGUACAAAAAUACUGCAUGCGUUAGUACUUACAAAUCUGCCUAUUCAAAUAUUAACCAAAGCAUGCAAGAUAACUUUACUGAAUGUAAACUUACACAGUGCAUGAUUGAGUCUCACAGGUUAGUUUAUUUUUCCUUGCUUCUGAACAAGGGAGAAUUUUCAUGAACUCUGUGUUUCAGUUUUGCUACUUGCUGUUAUUAUCCUAUCCUUGAGAUUGUUUUCAUGCUAUCACACUGAAUUUGACAGAUGUUCACACUUCUGAUUUGUGCAGUGUUGCAGACGGUGCCAAACUAAGCCUCUACAGACUCUAGGUAUAGACAUCUGAAUGCUUCUCUUAAAAACCAACUGAGUCACAACAGAUCCAGGCUGAAAGAGACCUGCAUAUCUGAAUGCUACUGAACUAAGUCAUGUUCAUUAUGUCAGCUCAUAAAAAUACGGGCUCUAAAAAUCUCUAUAAUACAUUUUAUAAGUUUUCUAAAAGUCUAGGAAUGACUUUUAAAAAGCUGGUUUCUACAUAAUGUCAGACACACAAAAGUCAUCAUAAGGCAAAGUGGACAUGGGCCUUAAUUUUCAUAAAUGUUACCUAGGGAUGACAUAAUGUCACAUGGGCUGUGUAGAAUAUCAUAGCAUUGCUCUGAUACAACCUUGUUUGUAUGGCUUCUGAGCUACUUGGGUCUCUGUCCCUUGAGAAACUAGAUUUGAUAAAUAUGUGUACUGACUGAAAUUUAGGAGUGAUGAGAUUCUUUUAUGGUCACUUGAAAUCUACACUGAAAUUGUUAUAGUGAUUUUUCUGUCACCCCUAUUAUAUGAGACCAGAAAUGGACAGAGCAAAGCUCAGUAAAACAGGGGGGUGUUAUGUAGGUAAUGGUUUCAUUAUCCACUUCAUAGGCCCCUACCUAUCACACACACACACACACACACACAAUGUAAACUCAAAUAUCAGACUCACUCAACACUUAAAAGAAUCUUGUGUGCAGCCAUUAAACAGUUAAGUUGAGGAAAAAAAUAGAAAUAUGAGCUUAACAACCUCUACUGCAGUGUUUUACUUUGCACACUUUCUGCUACCUGCAGCCUCUGCAGAAAUACCAAAAUAACACACUCUGUAAGCAAGUGCGCCAAUCUAUGGACAGCUUUCUCAGGAACUUCUCAAGAGAAAACUAACUUGCAGUGUUGCAGAUUGAUUCAGUGGGAUGCUUUUAGAAAAACUGCAAUGAAAACAACAUGAAGAUGAAAACAGAAUAAUGAAACCACCCUGCUCAACAGUCAAACGUGUGCAGUUUGCUUUUGGUGUUGGUUUUUCUUUGAAUCUGUUGACGACAGACACAAUAUGACACAAAAAAGACUAAGGGAUCUACACACUCUACAAGGUAAUCUGAGCAUCUGACAUUUUCACUGAGGCCUGUAAUAUUCUUGCAUGGAUAGCAUGACAGGAUUGCACUCAUAAUGACUAUGUUAUCAGUAGUGAAAGGAAAUACAACAAACCAAAACUUUUUAACGACUUCCUUUCGUUUCUCCCAUACAUCAUCAGAUCGAAACCCUUUUCAAUGUUCAUUUCUCAAAUUCAUUUACAUCUGUUGACAAUAACCUGAUUAAUUUAGUAAACUUUUUUACAAAAGGAACAUUUAUUAACUGUUUAGAAAAGACAUUUCUAUAUAUUUUGUAUAUCUAUGAAUAUUGCAUAUCUAGUCUAACCUAAAAAUUUUGUUUUAACACAAAUUCUAUGAUGCUUCCUCAUCAUGCUCAAUAAUGUUUCAAAUCUUGAGAUUUCAUUUUUAGGCUGAAAUAUGUAACACAGAAAAAAAUUAAAUGUUUUAUUGAGUUUCUAAAUAUCAACUGAAAUUAAGUGAUCUAUAGUAAAUUAAUGGCAAGGGGGGAUUUAAAAGUUAUUGGCAUACUAUAUGAUAUUGUAUCCAUGAUUUAGUGAAAUAAUAUGUAUCAUAGCACAAGUCUGUUGGUUAUUAUGGCUUCAUCUUAGUCUUUCCUUGCAUUGCUUUUUGAAAUAAAAUUACUACUAUAAAAAUAACCUCUUAUCAUACUGGAUGUGUUUAAUUUACUCAGAUGGCUUAAAAUUUGCAAAGUACCAAGAUUAAGGUAGUAUUUUUAUACUAUUAUUGGAAGCAUGCCUUCCCUUUUACACAUUAUUGAACUGUAUUUAUAUUUGUGCAGUUUUAAACUAUGUUUUCAAAUAAACUUUGUCUGUGGCUUCAAGGUCUUUUCAGGUAUCUUUCAAAAUGGGAUUUGAGGAUCUCAACGGCUUCAAAUCAAAUAGAAUCCAAUUUAUACUACUGGUUAAAAGGUCCUUUUGCUGAAUAUCACUGUAUAUGAUUUUGCAUGAGUUAUCUGGAAAUCAGGAAUGCACUUUUAGAUACAUAAAAGACUUUAAACCUUCCUUUGUGAAUUUUCUAAUACUAAAACAUUAUUUAACCUGAAACUGAAAUUUGUCAUCUUUUUAGAAUAAAGCUAUUAAAAUAUA